UAUACGUACCUUAUACGAAAACUAACAAGUUACCUGUUUUAGUCUACGUUCAUGGAGGUGCGUACCAAAUAGGAUACGGUGAAUUUGCUGUAGCAAAGAACUUGAUUAGAGAAAAAGAAAUGAUCAUUGUCAAUUUUAAUUAUCGUCUUGGACCUCAUGGUUUCUUGUGCUUAGGCACACCAGAUGUGCCUGGUAACGCUGGAAUGAAAGACCAAGUGGCCUUACUUCGCUGGGUUAAGAAAAAUAUUGCCAGUUUCGGUGGUAAUCCUUAUGAUGUUACAAUAAUAGGAUGUAGUGCUGGAUCUUCUGCGGUAGACCUGCUUAUGCUUUCGCCGAUGACGAAAGGUUUAUUCAGUAAAGUUGUACCAGAGAGUGGGUCAAAUAUGGCAGUUUUUAGUGUUCAAGGAAAUCCGGUAGAAAUCGCUAAAGCUUACGCUAAGUUAAUAAACUUUACUGGCAAUGAAGAUGACGUUUAUGCUCUCGAAGAGUUUUACAAAACAGUUCCAAAAGAAGUUUUGCAUUCUGUUGAUGUAUUUGGUCAAAAAGAUUCCACAUUCUUUUUUUCGCCUUGUGUGGAACGCGAUGUAGGACAAGAAAUGUUUCUUGAUGACGCGCCUGUAAAUAUUUUGAAGGCAGGUAAACAACAUAAGUUGCCUAUGCUUUAUGGAUUUGCUGAGAUGGAAGGACUGUUUAGAGUACCAUGGUUUGAUCAUUGGAAAGAUAGCAUGAAUACAAAGUUCUCCGACUUCUUACCGGGUGAUCUUAACUUUGACAGCGAAUCAGAAAAAGAAGAGGUGGCAGAGAGAAUAAAGAGAUUCUAUUUUGGCAAUCGACCAAUUAGCGAAGAAACAAUAUUUAGAUAUAUAGAUUAUUUCACAGAUGUAAUGUUUGCUUAUUCCACUUUACGAUCCGUGAGGUUGCAAGUGGAGUCUGGAAACAACAACAUUUAUCUGUAUCAAUAUGACUUCGUGGACGAAAGCGCGCCGCUCAUACCUUACACUGAGAUCCGCGGCGCCAAUCAUUGUGCGCAGACUUUUGGGGUCAUUGAUGGGGUGUGGCCAAACUUGACUGAAGAUGAACUCUUUAAAGAGACGAAGAAAAUGAAAAAAAUAAUGCGUCAAAUAUGGGCUACUUUCAUUACCACAGGAAAACCUGUGUCCGAGAAUUUGGAUCUGCCUCAGUGGCCUCCUACUAGAGCUAAUGGUGGUCCUCAUAUGUGUAUAGACAAAUCGCUGAAGCUGCGGGGUCCGCUGAUACAGCAACGCGUUCUCUUUUGGGACGAGAUCUAUGAUAAAUAUUAUAAAAUUCCAACACCGCCACCUUCAACACCGCCGAGGCAAAAAGAAGAGUUGUAAUAACAUUUUGUUUUAUUUUUCUAUUA